UCUCAACUCUCAAUCUUAGUUAAAAAUUCUCCCAAAAAACUCCCUAUCCCGCCAAUUCCCCCCACUUCCCCGCUCACCAGUCACCACCCUCAACUUCCUCUCUGCUCUUCUUUUCCCUUCCAAAAUUUAACUCCAGUUUCCCUUUCCGUCGAACCCUAGUUGAUCUGUUCAACUCGUUUCCUGUCGACUGUCAUCAUCUUGAAUUCUUCAGUUGUCCUUCUACUCAGCAGAAACCCUAAUUUCUCCACUCCCUUUUGGCCAGCCAGAAGGAAGGGGAAAGAUAAAAAACCCUAGACCGUCCGCAACCAUGCCUGCACAAAUCUCGCCGGGCAAGAUUCUCCGUCUAGAGAUGGAGAACUUCAAGUCCUACAAGGGCCACCAGAUAAUUGGCCCUUUCAAGGACUUCACCGCCAUCAUUGGCCCCAACGGAGCUGGCAAGUCCAAUUUGAUGGACGCCAUCAGCUUCGUCCUCGGUGUCCGUACCGGCCAGCUCCGCGGUGCACAGCUCAAGGACCUCAUCUAUGCUUUCGACGACCGCGAGAAGGAGCAGAGAGGCCGCAGAGCUUUCGUGCGGUUAGUCUACCAGUUAGCUAGUGGUGCGGAGAUUCACUUCACUCGAGCUAUCACGAGCGCUGGUGCGAGCGAGUACCGCAUCGAUGACAAGGUUGUCAACUGGGACGAGUAUAACAAGAAAUUAAGGUCGCUGGGGAUUCUAGUUAAGGCCAGGAACUUUUUGGUCUUUCAGGGGGAUGUUGAGUCUAUUGCAUCCAAGAACCCGAAGGAGCUGACUGCUCUGCUUGAGCAAAUUUCUGGGUCCGAGGAAUUAAAGAGGGAUUAUGAGGAUCUGGAAGAACAGAAAGCGAGGGCAGAAGAGAAAACUGCACUUGCCUAUCAAAAGAAAAGAACAAUAGUAGGUGAAAGGAAGCAAAAGAAAGCGCAGAAAGAAGAAGCAGAGAAGCACAAUCGCUUGCAAGCUGAACUGAAAUCUGUGAAGAGAGAGCAUUUCUUAUGGCAGUUGUUCACCAUAGAUAAUGACAUUACAAGGAUAAAUAAAGAACUUGAAGCUGAAACAAAGAACCGUCAAGAUGUUAUGGAGGAACUCGAGAGGUUUGAACACGAAGCUGAUAAAAAGAAGAAGGAGCAGGCUAGGUACCUGAAAGAGCUUUCCAACUGUGAAAAGAAGAUCCAUACGAAAAGCCUUAAGCUUGAAAAACAUCAACCUGAGCUUCUGAAAUUAAAUGAGGAAAUGACACGGUUAAGGUCAAAAAUUAAGAGCACCAGCAAGGAUCUUGAUAGGAAAAAAGAAGAACGGAAGAAACACGAGAGUGAGGUAAAAGAACUACAGCGUGGCAUACAGGAUCUGGCAGCAAAACUGGAUGAUCUGAACGAGAGAAGUCGAGACAGUAGCGGCAAACUUCCUUUGGCUGACAGUCAACUGACCGACUACUUCCAGAUCAAAGAAAAAGCUGGGAUGGAAACUAGCAGGCUUAGGGAUGAAAAGGAGGUAUUGGACAGGCAUCAACAUGCUGAUAUGGAAGCUGAGAAGAAUUUGGAAGAGAAUCUUCAACAGUUGAGAAAUCGGGAGCAGGAACUUGAUUCACAGAAGGAGCAAAUGCAAGCAAAACUUAAAAAUACUGUUGACACUUCUGCUAGCCGUAAAACUGAACUGACAGAUCUGAAAGAAAAACUGCGGGGGAUACGAGAUAUGCAUCAGGAAACCAAGAACAAGCAUCAGAACUUGAAGUCCAAGAUCGGCGAGAUAGAUAGCCAAUUGCGUGAAUUGAAAGCUGAUAGAAAUGAAAACGACAGGGAUGCUAGGUUGUCCCAAACAGUUAAGACUCUUGAACGCCUUUUUCAAGGAGUUCAUGGACGUAUAAUUGAGCUCUGUAGGCCGACCCAAAAGAAAUACAACCUGGCUCUCACCGUAGCUAUGGGCAGAUUUAUGGAUGCUGUGGUUGUUGAGGAUGAAAAUACAGGGAAAGAAUGUAUCAAGUAUUUGAAAGAGCAAAGGCUUCCCCCUAUGACAUUUAUACCCCUUCGGUCUGUCCGUGUAAAGCCAAUUACCGAAAGGCUGCGUACUUUAGGGGGUUCUGCGAAGCUCGUCUUUGACGUGAUCAACUAUCCUUCUGCCCUGGAGAAGGCUAUACUCUUUGCGGUUGGCAAUACUAUGGUCUGUGAUGACCUUGAUGAAGCCAAAAAACUUGGAUGGGAAGGGAAGGGAGAGAGACUUAAAGUUGUAACUGUAGAUGGGACUCUCCUCACAAAGUCUGGCACAAUGACUGGCGGUACUAGUGGCGGGAUGGAGGCAAGAUCAAAGCAAUGGGAUGAUAAAAAGAUUGAGGGAUUGAAGAAGAAGAAAGAGCAGUUUGAGUCUGAACUAGAAGAGCUAGGGUCACUUAGGGAAAUUAUUCAGAUAGAGUCUGAAGCGUCUGGCAGGAUCAGUGGUCUUGAAAAGAAAAUCCAGUAUGCAGAGAUUGAGAAGAAAAGUAUUGAGGACAAGCUUGAGAACUUGAAAAAAGAGAAGCAAAUUAUUGGAAAAGAAAUUCGUCGUCUAAAUCCUGAAUUGCAGAAGUUGAAAGGUACUAUUGGCAGCAGAGGUAAUGACAUUAGGGAGUUGGAGAAAAGAAUAAAUGAGAUAGUUGAUGGGAUUUACAAGGACUUCAGUAAUUCUGUUGGUGUGGCAAACAUACGUGAAUUUGAAGAGAACAAUCUCAAGGCUGCCCAACAUGUUGCUGAAGAAAGGCUUAGUUUAAGCAACCAGCUGUCAAAGUUGAAGUAUCAAUUGGAGUAUGAGCAAAAGCGGGACGCAAAUGCAAGGAUUAGAAAGCUGGAAUCUUCUCUAGGUAAUUUAAAGAAUGAAUUGAAAAAUGCUGAGAAAAGAGAGGUUGAUGUCAAGUCAGCUACGGAGGACAUGACGAGUGAGAUUAAUAAGUUGAAGGAAGAAGUUCAAGAUGCAUCUUUAAAUGUGCUAAGUUCGAACUCCCUAAUCCUUGUAGAGUGGAAGUCCAAAGCAGAAAGUUGUGACAAGGAUAUUCAGGAAUGGAAGAAGCAGGCUUCAUCUGCUGCUACAAGUUUGUCGAAGCUUGGCCGUCAGAUAAGCUCCAAGGAGGCACAGAUUGAGCAACUCUUGUCUCGGAAGCAAGAUAUUGUGGAGAAGUGUGAAUUGGAGCAUAUCAGCCUCCCAAUUAUUUCGGAUCCCAUGGAUACUGAUUCGUCAAUUCCGGGCCCAUUCUUUGAGUUUAGUGAGCUGCAUAGAACUCUUCUUCAAGAUAAGGGGACUUCAGACAGAGAGAAGAUCGAUCUGGAAUUCAAGCGAAAAAUGGAUUCCUUGAGAUCUGAAAUAGAUAGAACUGCUCCAAACUUGAAGGCUCUGGAGCAGUAUGAGGCUUUGCUGGAGAAGGAAAGAGAAGCAUCUGAAGAAUUUGCCACUGCCAGCAAGGAGGAGAAUCAGGCCACCAAAGCAUAUAACUCGGUUAGGCACAAUAGACAUGAGUUAUUCAUGGAAGCUUUCAACCAUAUAUCAAAAGUAAUUGAUAAGAUCUACAAGCAAUUGACGAAGAGUGGCUCGCAUCCCUUGGGUGGAACUGCGUAUUUGAACUUAGAGAAUGAAGAUGAGCCUUAUCUACAUGGUAUCAAAUACACUGCUAUGCCUCCAACCAAACGUUUCCGAGAUAUGGAACAGCUGUCUGGUGGGGAGAAAACUGUUGCAGCACUGGCUUUGCUUUUUUCCAUCCACAGCUAUAGGCCGUCGCCAUUUUUCAUAUUGGAUGAGGUUGAUGCUGCGCUGGAUAACUUAAAUGUCGCCAAGGUAGCUGGUUUCAUUCGUUCAAAAUCAUGUCAAGCAGGGACUCGGGUGGAUCAGGAGCACGAUGGUUCUAACCUUAACAUGGAAAGCGACGGUGAGAGUGGCAGUGGUUUCCAGAGUAUAGUGAUCUCUCUGAAAGACAGCUUUUAUGACAAGGCCGAAGCUUUGGUGGGAGUUUACCGUGAUGCAGAUAGAGGCUGCUCGAGAACUCUGACAUUUGACCUGACUGGAUAUCGAGAGUCAUCAGGAUUGCUAACCCUUCUUCAGGAUUCAACAAUGGAUAAGAAAUGUGAGAGGAAAUCACAGGACACAUCAGAAGAAGCAGAAGAAGAAGAGAAUGACGAGGAGGAGGAAGAAGAAGAACAAGAAGACGAGGACAUCGAUGAAUAUACAAACGCAGUCGUCACCAACGAAAGCCAAGACGAAGAGAUUUGUACGUAUUGCGACGAAGAUGCAGGAAUCGACAAGGAAUGCGAGAGCCCGAAGGAUCCUGUGGAGUACAAGAUGCGGAAGAAACGAGCAUUGCUGAAAUUCAAGACCCUGGUGGAGGAUGCAAUUUGUAAGAAUUACCUCGUAGACAAGCCCAAGAAACUCCUCCUCUCCUCCUGCAGGAAGAGCAAAAGGAAUGCCAAGGAGCAGCAACAGCAGCUGCGGGAGGACAUUUCCCUCUGGGGGGUUCCUCUGCUUCCAAGCAGAGACCACGAAGGCACCGAAAUCGUGCUGCUCAAAUUCCUCAAGGCCAACAACUACAAGGUCCGCUCGGCUUUCUACAUGCUUCGCAAGGUCAUGAAAUGGCGCAAGGAGUACGGGACAGACUCGAUCCUCGACGAGGAUCUCCUGACCCGCGACAACGACGAGCUGAAGGACGUUGUCCAUACGGGCAGCACGGACAAGCAAGGCCGCCCGUUGUAUUACACGGUGUACGGGGCGUUCAAGGACAAGGCUCUGUGCACCAAAGUUUUGGGCACGGAAGAGAGCCGCGAGAAUUUCCUGAGGCUCAAGGUCCAGAACCUGGAGAAGAGCAUCAAGCAGCUGAGCUUCAAGUCCGGCGGGGUCGAUUCGAUCGUCCAGAUCACCGAUCUGAAGAACUUCCCUGCACCCAUGAAAGAGCUCAGCUCUAUUAGCAAGAAGAUCGUCACUUUGUUCCAGUCCAACUAUCCGGGAAUCAUCAACAAGAAUAUACUGAUCAAUGUUCCAUUCUGGUACUACACAUCGCGAGUUGUCACCAAGAAGCUGAUGAACCCAAGAGCAAGGAAGAAGUUCAUCCUAGCUAGGCCUUCAAAUGUAACGCAGACCCUUUCGAAGUACAUACCAAUAGAGCAAGUCCCCGCUCAAUAUGGUGGUCUGAAAAGGGAUAACGAUGUCGAGUUUUCCCCAGAGGACAAAGCGCUGGAGCAUAGGAUCAGAGCAAAUGCAGUCGGCCAUGUUAACAUUCCAGUUACUGAGAGUGGGGUGAUGAUUGUAUGGGAUUACACUGUAGUUGGAUGGGAUGUGAGUUUCAAGGAACAGUUCAUUCCUGACGACGAAGGCUCUUAUACCAUCCUGAUAAGGGGCGGCAAGGUGAAAAGACCCACGGAAAAUGCUAGAAACUCGUACUACAUCAGUGAGCCAGGGAAGAUUGUUAUAACAGUCGAGAGUUCUUCAUAUGCCAGGAAGAAAGUAUACUAUCGAUUCAAAACCAAACCGAUUUCGGCCGAGCAGUUCUUUCUUGGCGCGGAUGCUGCAACCACUGCAUGAACUUGGAUCCAACAUUCUUUGUACAUCUUCUGGCAACUGAGGAUGAUAAAGAAAAUUUGCCAACUCAUACAUUGUCGUCGUAGAAAUACUUAAUCCUGACAAACUUGCUAUUAUAGAAUGACUGUUUAUGUAGUAUGAUGAGUCAAAUUUUGUGGCAGACAAAAUACAAUCAUAUACUAUAACAUUGGCCUUUCUGACAAUCAAUAAUUAUAAUCUGAG